AAGUAUAAAAAAAUUGAAUGGUUUAAUUCGCCUCGCACUAGAUUUCAACAAUCUUACGGGUACAAUUCAAAGACUGGAUCGGAAAGCUGACGAAUCUGCAACAUUUAAAUCUCCGAUCGAACAACUUCAUUGGGACAAUUCCACCUAGCUUGGGACCUUAAACCAAUAUUGAUGUUGAACCUUAGCUAUAACAGUUUCCAAGGAAGCAUACCUGCUGAGUUUGGUAACUUUAGACAACUCAUUGAACUAGACCUUUCAGCAAACAAAUUUAGUGGAGAAAUUCCUGAAACUUUGGGCCAGUUUCAACAGAUAUACACCAUUCGAAUAGACCAAAAUUUUCUUACAGGAAACAUUCCAAUUACCUUCAGCAAUCUAAAGAGCUUGAGCAUGCUCAAUCUUUCCCAUAACAAUUUAUCAGGCCCCAUGCCAACUUGUCUAAAUGAUCUAGAGUCUCUCACUAAACUAGACCUAUCUUACAAUAAUUUCCAAGGAGAAAUACCAAACGGUGGUAUAUUUGAUAAUGCUACAAUUGUUUUACUCGAUGGCAACCGGGGACUGUGUGGAGGAGCCAUGGAUUUGCAUAUGCCCCCAUGCCAUGUUGUAUGUAGAAGGAAAGUAGAAAUCGUAAACUACAUGGUCAAAAUAUUGAUCCCAAUAUUUGGGUUCAUGUUACUCAUAGUGUUCAUUUACAUUAUAAUCCAUGGGAACAAGACAUCAAGAGGACCAUACUUAUUGCUACCUUCUUUUGGUAAGCAAUUCCCUAAAGUUUCUUACAAGGACGUAGCCCAAGCUACUGGAAACUUCUCCGAGUCAAACCUAAUAGGGAGAGGAAGCUAUGGAUCAGUUUACAAUGGAAAUUUGACUCAAGCUAAAAUGCAAGUGGCUAUUAAGGUUUUUGACCUUGAGAUGAGGUAUGCAGACAAAAGUUUCGUAUCAGAAUGUGAGGUGUUGAGAAGAAUCCGUCACCGGAACCUUCUUUCUAUCCUAAGUGCAUGUUCAACAAUAGACCAUACAGGUAAGGAUUUCAAAGCACUUAUUUAUGAGUUCAUGCAAAAUGGGAAUUUGGACACAUGGUUGCAUCACAGACGUGCUGGUUUACCUACAAAAUGUUUGGGCUUAGUUCAAAGAAUGAACAUAGCUGUUGGCAUAGCUGAUGCAUUGGCCUACUUACACCAUGACUGUGGAAGGCCUAUUGUCCAUUGUAAUCUGAAACCAUCUAAUAUCCUUCUUGAUGAUGAUACGAAUGCCCAUUUGGGAGACUUUGGCAUUGCAAGUCUAGUUCUUGAUGCUAGGUCAACAAAAGUUGGACAUGCUGGUCCUAAUAAUUCAGUCGCUGUGACCGGAACUAUCGGAUACAUCGCUCCAGAGUAUGCUCAAAGUAUUCAUGCAUCAACCUGUAGGGAUGUUUACAGUUUUGGAAUAGUACUUUUGGAGAUGAUAAUAGGCAAAAGACCAACCGAUUCUAUGUUUGAGGAUGAACUCACCAUGGUUAGUUUUGUGGAGAGGAACUUUCCAGAUAAAUUGUUACAUAUUAUUGAUGUCCAUCUCCGAGAAGAAUGCAAGGGCUUUAUCCAAGCAGCGGUGGAAUCAAAAAAUGAGGCGCAUCGAUGCUUGCUGUCUCUCGUGCAAGUUGCUCUUUCUUGCACGCAUCUAUCCCCAAGAGAACGAAUGAACAUGAGAGAAGUAGCCAUCAACUUGCACUCAAUCAGAAGAUCAUAUGUUCGAGCGAUCAAGGACGAGCAAGUUCUUCUUUGCUAGAUGGAUUUACAACAUGCCAUGGAUCUUGGAUAUUAGCUUAGUUUUUCUGUCAACACAGUAGCCAAUAAUCAUAAAGAUGAGAUUAGCAACGA